GCUUCUGCGACAAACUUAUUCGUCGCUGUCGCCUGUAAAUGACGUCAUGCCGGGGAGGUAGUAGCAGCAGCAUAUUAACUUAUGUCUGGUUUUGGUAAGCCUUUCAGUAUGGCGAACUGGUUUAGAACGUUCACACAAUAUCUAUUACUAAAUGAACCAUUCACGCAAAAAAUGAGCAGUGAUGCGAUGUUGAAGUCAACUUCGCGUCGGAGAAUGGUCGUGGGGCUCGGGAAUCCGGGGAUGAGCGGCACUCGGCACAGCGUGGGCAUGGCGGUUCUCGCCGCGAUGUCCGAUCGGCUCGGAGUGUCCGGCAGCUGGCGCAAUGACAAGCAUGUGUCCGGAGAAGUGGUCGUGUCUGCAAUCGGCGACACGCAGCUGGUCCUCCUCCGGCCCAGCCUGCUCAUGAACAUAAACGGCGUCAGCGUGGCAAAAGCUGCCAGCAAGUAUCGCAUCCAACCAGAGGAUAUCUUCUUAGUACAUGAUAACCUGGACAAACCAAUGGGAAAGUUUUCCAUCAAGAGGGGCGGAAGUGCUAGGGGUCACAAUGGUGUCCGGUCCUGUGUGGAGUGCCUUCAAACAGAUGUGAUGCCCAGACUUCUGAUUGGAAUCGGCAGACCUGUGGAGAAGGCACUGGUGAUCCGUCACGUCCUUGGGCGGUUCUCCAAAGAGGAGCAGAAGGUUUUGUGCACGGUAUUAAGCCAGAGUGUGGACCUGCUUCUGUCCCAGUUCGUGGCUGGAGAUCAGAAGAAAUCGACAUCCCCAUCGGAGAGCAAACGGGCCUCGCUUAAGAAAGACAUAGACCUACAGCAUUCACAGUUACCACCAGAAGACAGGAAAUGUUCAGAACCCCGGACAGACCUAGACCACCAGUCUGAGGACAGUAAAAACAUGGCCCACAGGACUGAUGUAGAUCUGCAGUGUUCACAGUCUCCACCAGAUAUAAAAUGCCAAGCUGACAGUAAAGACCCAGGUGUGCAGUGUUCUUCAUGACCACCAUGUGAACGAAACACACAUGUGAGCCUGGAGUCACCAUGUGACUGAAUCUCUCGCUUUUGUGUUCUGUAACCUGAAGCUGAAAGCUUUUAAGUAUAACUGUGUGAUGUGGUUUUGUUAAAUUAAAAUAGACUUGUACUGUG